ACUACCCUGCUGGUAAGCUGCAGGUGCUGUCAAGGCUUCCUGCCUUCGUAUAUGAAAUGUUCCUUGGCAGUUGGACUGCUGUUUACCGCACACACCGCUCUGCUGCUUCUUGGUUGCACCAGUGAGCUAUUGCUGCAUGACAAGCCACACCGAAAUGUAGCAAGCACUUAUUGUUGCCCACAUGUCUCAAGUCAGUUGAGUGUUUCUGCCAAUCGGGACCUGGCUUGGCCCACCUUGGCUGAGCUUGCUCUGGUGCUAGGGUCAGCUAGACAGGUCAGCAGGAGACCAGCUGCUCUAGAAGAGCCUGGACAGGAUGAAUUGGUUCUCCUUCCACGUGCAUCUUGCAUCCCUCCAGCCAAGGAUUUGAACCCAGGUCUUGUCUGACUCCAAAUGCACCAAGAGGAUGGAGCCCAGAGUGACACAGAGGAAGAGGCCCCUGGAUGGAUGCAUGGGGAAGAUCACGGGAAUUACAAGAGACAUCCUGAAAUAUGAUCACAAAUGUUUCAAAUUAAGCCUUCCUGCUAAGUUUCCAGAGGUGUGUGGCUUGGACGGAGUGUUUCCAGACCCUGGUCUACUGAAUGUCCUGCCUGUUGCUGGUUCUUUGCAGCAGUCCAUUGACCAAUGCUGUCUACAGCUUGAGAACCUCUGCAGGCCAAGGCUGCUCUUUGCGCAUCCUACGUUACUAUUCAAUCUGCAUAGCAGCCUGAAAAACAGGCCCCUCUUUUCUCUCGUUUACACAUAUGUGAAGAAGUCACAGCAAGUGAGAAAACGUGACCGAAAGCCAUGCAGACACAGGGCCGCAGGGCCAAACCCGACUUCCAUGAUGUGA